GGACGAAUAUGUAUGAAAGCAUGCAACACUGGACAUCGCUGUAAGGCUCGCCGUGAUAAUGCCAUUAUAUACACUCCACCAUUGUCCCGUGCCUAACUAUCUCGACCCAGCCCGCAAAAACAGCAGACGGAAAAGGUGCACGGCGAUCCGUUACAGUCGAGAGAGAAAAAAAACUCAGCGGGUACGCCGCAAAAUCCACCAGUACGGCAUCAUCUCUUAACUGAUACACCAUAUUGCUGGACAGUUUCAGUGUGUUGGUUCUAUCUAGCCCGCCAUUGUCAGCUACGCUUCUUGAAUGACAAUAGCUUUCUGAAGAAAGCCCCGGCAGUAUAAUACCUGCCGUGCUCAAUGCCUUUUUUCGCGCUGUGUCAAUUUGCUCACUCUAACGUCACUCACUAUUCCCUCAUUACCUUCCCUUUAUUGUGUUCUCAGAAGUCGGACAACCAGAGCUCCAGUAACGAGCACAUCGGGGUGACGUGCGCAUAGCUUUACCCACUCGUUUACUUUUUGGGCACUGGGAACAGUUCUGCGCCGCGACAGCACCGAGAAAUUUGCGAGAUACUAACCCAGGACGGAUCGUGCUUCCCUCCGACAGCUUUGGACAGAAAGGUUUUGAGAGAAAUUACUCUGGUACGCGUCUGACACCAGACGGGAAGUUGUGACCGAGCCCUCAAGUGGUCUUCAGAUUCUGUCCACUCCGCCACCACCAACACCCCCAGUUCCCCGUCCCGGUAAGUGAAUGCCCAACGCCCGCUCACCCUACUCGUCCCUUGUCGGUGCCGAGAGCUGCAUGGGGAAAUCUGACGUCAUGGAGAAAGGAUGGGUCGCGUCAUCUGUAACCCCCGAAAACAUCAAAACCGAACCCGGUGCUCUGACCGCGGUAGAGCGACACGGUUUCGACACGGCUUUUCCGAUUCGCAGCAUGAGCGGUAUGGCUUACACUAUACCUCCAGUACCCGGACCGCCUAACAUGAAGGGCCCCCCAUUCUCCGUCAACGGGAUCAGUUUGGCAGCUCACAACGUGGAUUCGCUCCACCCGGCCAUGAACUACCACAGUUGUUUUGCAGACCCGCCGAGGAAAACCAGGCGAGAAAGGACCACCUUUACCCGGGCGCAACUCGAUGUCCUUGAGACGCUCUUCAGUAAAACGCGCUACCCAGACAUCUUCAUGAGGGAGGAGGUUGCCCUGAAGAUCAACUUACCAGAGUCAAGAGUACAGGUGUGGUUUAAAAACAGGAGGGCGAAGUGUCGCCAACAGGCCCAGCAACAGCAGAACGGUACGCCCUCCAAACCCCGCCCCGUCAAGAAGAAGUCACCAUCCAGAGACACGCCUCCCAGCAGCGACUCCUCCCCCUCGUACAAGUCCCUGCCCAUCACCUCCAUGCCUAACAACAACAGUAUCUGGAGCCCUGCCUCCAUUCCUCCCCCACCGCCAAUGGGCGAGUCCAUCUCGUCCAAUAACAGUUGUAUGCAGCACCAGUACUCCAUGGCCAACGCCCACCAGGGUGCCUACGGCCAGGGUUACCAAUCAGCUCCCUACUUCGGCAACCCCAUGGACUACCUCCCGGGCGUGCCGCAAUUCCCAGCUGGUACUCUGAGCCAGAUGACGUCAUCGAUGAACAGCCCCCACAUGAGCACCGCCCCCUCACAGCUCACUCCCACACAUCCGAGCAUGGGUGGGUCUAUGCCAGGCGCCAGUGCGGACUGUUUAGAAAGUAAGGACCCCUCGUGGAAGUUCCAGGUCCUGUAGCUACCCAACGUGUUCGGCAUUUGCCUAGAUUUAAUGAACAGGACACACUGAAGUCCACCCCGUAGACAGCGAUUACUGCAACAAAGUUUCUUACAAGUCCAGUACCAGUUUUGUUUGAGGCUGACGUUCCAUACGUCACGUGGAAUCAUCGAAGCUUAUAGGAGAGCGCCCAUUUUGAGGCCACGGACAAGAGACAUGAAGACGCAGAAACCUGCUAAUUUUUCAUUCAAGUGGCCCACAAAAUUUGACAGCUUUACCGAGUCACACAAUUUCUUGAGGGUUCAACUCGCAGUGACUGUAGAGCUCAGGCGCCAAGAAUGCAAGGAACAGGUCUUCGGUCGACUGGGAUUCGCCGUUCAUUUAAGGAUUGAUAAAUGGUAAAAAAAAAACCGAAGUGAAAGUAUUUAAGAAUUUUCUUAAAAGUACUGAGUUGUUUAUUGACGGAUACCUUGUAUACGACUUGAAAACAAUGUCUUGCUGACAAUCGCCGAAAUCACAGGCCUACUAAGAGUGAAGUAUGUAAAUUGAACGAUUAAUCCUGCUUUAACGUUUCAUCUUGAAGUAAUCUUCCCCGUCCCUUGUUUCCCAGCCAUAAUUCUUGUUCUUGGAAUUGACAAGGGUCCUGAGUGGCUGCCAAAGAUGGUUGAGGAGUCAGAUUGCGUAAAUACUUUGAACUGUAUGUGUUUCAUUUCCAAAUGAUAAACAUUCGUCAUUAUUACAAUUAAGCCCUUCCAAAUGAAAGAACCUAACUGAAGAAAAUUGUGAACCAGCACUCGAGAUUGACUCUGUUGGUGUAAGCAGGGGCAAAUUCGGACAAAAUACAGGGUUCUUUAAAUUGUAAUAUAGGCAACGUGAUAUUGAGAGCGUAUGUUUUGUAAAUGCAUUUAUUUGUAUAAAUUUCAGAUACAUCAUUGUCGCUUCGUACAGGGUAUAUACCAUUUUUUAAAUUUACGUUAAUUGCACGGGCUGUCACAUGGGGGCGUGUUCAAGGGUGCACGGUUAGUGUCUGUAAACCAGAGCAACCUCUGCAUUCGGUUUCCUCAAUCUGAUCACAAAUCCUUCGAAAGGCACCUCCGAAACUCGGCAGAAAACUGGACGUUAAAUGUUCAGGCUGUGGAGGUGCAGCCGCACUUGCAGUGGCUGUUCAAGAAUUCGGCACCAGACUGUCUGAUUCGAAUUGUUUCAGUCAUUUGAAGAAAAAAAAUCAUGAAUCGCAUAUCUGAAGGCUCUGCCAUCCAAUUCUAUAAUAUUGGAAAAAGGACUCCGCUCUUAAUAAUACUAGUAGUUUUUAGCUUCUUAAUAACGUGUGUGUUGUGCUCAAUUCCGUAGACGUCUCAAUAGAUUCUGACUAACACCUUUUGAAAUAAGAACUGCGUUGACAGGAGCGGUUCUUUCUCUGAUUAUUUAUAAUUUUUUCUCUCUAUUUUUUUUGUAAAUAUUGAAGAUAAUUGGUACACUUGUGGAUAGCUGAAAUCACGGAUGAACUCAGUCGAAUCUGUACGCGUAAAGAAUGUAAACAUAAGUUAGAUUGUAAAAAAAAGGGUUCCGUAUCUUUAUGGGCCUGUUCUUUUGUAAAUUAUUGAAGAGGUUUGAAAAAAUACAGGGUUAAGAUGUUAAAGUGUAUAGAAAUGUUCAUUUCGUACAGUUAUUUUGUCGAGAAAAUUGGGAUGAUUAUGGUUAUAUUUCCAAGGUUUCAUUUUUUUGGUCCCAGAAUAUGCUUCUUUGCAGUUUUCCUUUCCUUUUAAAAAGUCACGUUGGCUAAUGUUAAAUGUUGUAACCUUGAAGCGCACCGUAUCUUUAAAAAGUCCUUAAUGUGUUAUUUAUGGUAACGUUCACGAAUGUUGUUAUUUUAUUUUGCACUGUAAAAUUAAACAAGAAAUCUCAAAGGGAUAGUUUUUAUCAGUUUGUGUAAUGAAUGUUUAGUUAUUUCAUCGAGUCCAAAUAGAAGGAGAGGGGUUGAAAAGCGAAAUACAAGGUCAUUCAGGUAUGGAUCAAUGUGUUUGUAUUUAAACGUGUCUCCAAAACCUUUUCCCCAGAUUUUGAUAACUUUCCCAUGAUCGUGGAUAACGCCAUCGAUCGUGGUGGGGGCGUUUCUACUUGUAGAUCUGAAAGCUUUUUAUGCAUAUGCAUGUACUUAUUUUAGGAGCUAUAACAACCGCAAAUGGUCACAGAGCUUUUGGCAGUGAUUGUAUUGUAAGACAACAUGAGAAACCUCGGUUAAUUGUUUAACUGCGAAGAGCAGAAAGAGAAUGACAUUAACUUGAAACUAGACAGUGCAUUGGUAUAACUUUGGUCAGUUAAGUCCAAAUUAAAAGAAAAUAAUCAGUUCAA